AUGAACACUUUAUCAUCCUCACCAUCGGCACCUUCACCAUCUGCUUCACCAAAACAAGAACAAGAACAAGAACCAGAACCAGAACCAGAACAAGAACAAGAACAACAAGAACAACAACAACAAACAGAAUCAGACUCAUCCAAUCCUUCUCUGCCUCUUCAUGAAUCUCAACCAUUCCCUCUUCUUCCUGAAAUCGAUCAAAACUCAUCUGAUCACUUAUUUUGGUCUCGUAAAGAAUCUUCUCCUACUCGAGCUCUCACUCGUCAUUCAAAUCGUUCUUCCCCUUCUUUACGUCAAACUUCCCCCGUCAAACAAGCUGUUCCUCCUUUACCAACGGCUGAUGAUUUACAUUUAGAUCGUCUAAGGCUAGUUGACCAAUCUUUCACUCCACCUAUUCGUAAUCAAUCUCAACUCGAACAUGAAGAAAAGGAUUCAUCAAACCUUAAUCUCGAACCUCAAUCUAAUAGUCGUACAAACUCAUUCGAUUUAGGUAGUCGAAGUUCUCAAUCUAUUGAUUUUGAUACUAGCUCAAGCAGACCUUCAUUUUCAUCCUCUUUGAACCCUCCUAUCAAUCAACAAUCUGUUGCUUCUUCUUCCUCUUCUUCUGCUUCUCAACACUCCACUCCACAUCACUCUCGUCAAGAUUCAACUAAUAGUCGUAGCUCUAUGCCAAUCAAACUUACAGAUAGUGGUGAAAAUAAUAAAAUCAUUGGCAUGUAUGAAGAUCGUCCAAUCUCAACUUCAAGUUUACCUGUCAUGAACACCUCGGCUUCAAACGAUUCACAUCGAAUGGCUAUUCAUCCUGCACACUUUGCUCCUCAUACCGAAGUCGAUGACUCAAUCCCUUCACCCUCCAUCCAAGAUGAUGGUUACGGUGGAGUGAUCUCAUCCCCAGUCAGCUCACAUGAAACCAUAAACUCCACUUUGAAUAGGCUAGCACCUGCUCCAGAGUCUUCUAAUGAUCAACAAGGCCAUGUAACUGCACCUCAUCCACAACAACGCCUUGCUGGCCCUGGUUCAAUCAACUCUUAUUCGGCUUCUCAACCAAGUACAUCUGGCUUUAAUCGAAAUGAUGUCAUCGGGGAACCUUCCACAAAUGUUAACAACAAUCUUCGUCCUCAUUACCCUCCGUAUCCAUCACAUCCGAUGGAUCCCUCUCAACCAUACAUGCCUCAUCAAGCUCAACAAAUCUAUGCCAACCCGAAUCACCCUGGUGCACCACCUACUCAUCAUCCUCAACAACAUCCUUCUCAUCCACAAACCAAUCCCUCGGCCUUGGUUUUCUCUCCACAUCCUGCCUACACUGCUGUCCCAGGCCCACACAAUCUCAAUCAUCCGUCUCAGCAGCUUCGUGGUGUUCCGACCGCAUCUGCUAACGCCUUUUACGCCCCUAACCCAGCCCAACGUCAGUAUUAUCAAGCUGUCCCUGUGAAUCAAUUUGGCAUUGCUCCUCAAGCGCAACAUCCUUACCCUUCAGGUCCCAACUAUAGUGGCCCCAGUGGAUACGCUGAUCCCUACGGUCAUCCACAACAAGCUUUACGCCCUCAUCCGUCCUCUCAAGUUUACGCCCAGGGAGCCGGUCUUAGUCGAUCCGGUACAUCCAUGUCUUCACUCUCUGUUUCUUCUCGUGGGCCGGUUCGAAGCUCGCCAGCUCCACCUAAACCUGGUCCUACCAUCACCAAAGCAUCAAUUGAUGAAUAUCGAAAUCGAAUCAAAUCAGAAUUAGAUCCAGAAGCUCAUUUCAAUUUUGCCAAAUUCUUGAUCGAAGCAGCCAAAAAAUUAGCAUCAGGUGGUGCAGCUGGAGAUGAUAAAGCAAUUAAGAAAUAUAGAGAUGCACUUUUACAAGAAAGUUUGAAAUUAAUUAAAAAAUUAGCAACACAAGGCGUUGGAGUAGGUAAACCAGCUUAUGCAGAUGCUCAAUUCUUUUUAGCCAAUUGUUUAGGAAAUGGUAGUUUAGGAUUACAAGUCGAUCAUGAAAAAGCUUAUAAUUUAUAUGUUCAAGCUUCAAAACAGAAUCAUCCAGCAGCUACUUAUCGUACAGCAGUUUGCAAUGAAGUAGGAGCAGGUACACGAAAAGAUCCCAAUCGAGCUGUUUUGUUUUAUCGUAAAGCUUCAGCUUUAGGUGAUACAUCUGGAAUGUAUAAAUUAGGCAUGAUCUUAUUAAAUGGACUUUUAGGACAACAACGAAAUCCACAAGAAGCAUUACUUUGGCUGAAAAGAGCUGCACAACAAGCUGAUGAAGAUAAUCCACAUGCGUUACAUGAAUUAGCCCAAAUUUAUGAAAAACCACCGAUCGUAUCUGCACCCACUCCUGCUCCUAACGCAGCAUCCACUGCUUCUCGUAAGGAUCCAACACCUGUGGCACCCAAUGCACCAGUAGUUUAUUUAUUACAAAGAGAUGAAGCAUAUGCAAGAGAACUUUAUACCCAAGCUUCUCAACUAGGAUAUCCACCAUCACAAAACCGAUUAGGAGCAUGUUAUGAAUAUGGAGCCUUAACAUGUCCAGUAGAUCCACGAAGAUCGAUUGGAUGGUAUACCAAAGCAGCAGCCAAAGGAGAUGCUGAAUCUGAAUUAGCACUUUCAGGUUGGUAUUUAACGGGAUCUGAAGGUGUCUUGAAACAAUCUGAUUCAGAAGCUUAUCUUUGGGCUAGAAGAGCUGCUAAUAAAGGUUUACCUAAAGCUGAAUAUGCUGUGGGUUAUUAUUCUGAGGUGGGAAUUGGAGUCAAACAGAAUAUUGAUGAAGCUAAAAGAUGGUAUAUGAGAGCUGCUACUAAUAAUAAUAAGAGAGCUAUGCAAAGAUUAACUGAAUUGAAAAAGUUGGGAGCACAAAAGCCUGGUAAGAAACAAGCUAGGCCUACUAGAGAUCAAGCCGCAUCAGAAUGUAUAAUCUCUUAAGACCAAACCAAAGAAAGCAUGGAUUUGACUUUUUUUUAUCUUUAUUUGCGUUUUUCUUUCAUUUCUCUCUUUAUCGUUCAUUGGUGUGUGUGUGUGUGUGUGUGUGUGUGUUUUCUCUGUCUCUUUCUUUCUUUUGUUAAAGGUUUAAAUAAAGUAGUACAAGUAUAAAUGAAUGAAAAAAAAACUAUAUAGUUUUAUUUUUCAUAAAAAAAAUCACAUCAUUGAGAGCUACUCUCUUAAAAGAAAACUUUCAUGUUGUUUCUUUUUUUUUUACUUUUUUUACAUCUUGUUUUCUAUUUUUUUCUGUUUUUUUUUUCUGUUUUUUGUUUUUGUUUUGUUUUUCUUUAGUCUGGUUUUGUAUAUUUUUGUUUUUUAGAGGUUUUUAGGAAAUUAACAAGUGGUUCUUUUUAUUAGGAAAAAGAAAGUUGAUCAGGCAAUGUAAAAAUUUGAACAUGAUUU